AUGAGACGUGUAGCCAUCAUAGGUGUCAAGGUCAAGGUUUCAACUAUGAUACGAUAUGAAAUGUCCCUGAUUAUUAAAGCUCUUGGUACGCCUGGCAUAAAAGCAGCUCUGAAGAGACAACUUAAAGGAAUGCUUGAGAAUGGUGCUCACUUAUUCAAUGUCGAAAAUCUCGGUCUGCGGCGACUGCCGAAUGUUUUCCAUGUCCAAGGUGAACGGCAAUACGAAGGCCACUAUUUCCUUAUUAAUUUCAACGCUCCUUACGAUUCAAUUACUCUGAUGAAGAAAAUAGCGAAUAAAGACUCCGAUGUCAUCAAAUGCUUCGCUAGCCUCAAAAACGACAACUGGGUUCCUCCGUGUUCAUUACCUGAUGCGGCCAAGUGUGAAUUUGGAGAAAUUCGUAAUCCGAAUUACGAAAAAACUGCUAGACGACGACAUGGUUACCGAAUGUACUAAACAAUAAACAAAAACCAAUGUAAAUAAUAAACUGAAAGUAGUUUACACUAGUUGCUUUUUCGCAUAUAAAUAUGUAUGCUCUUUGUUAAUAAAGCAGUGUUAUGGCAAAAAAGUAAAACAGACGUCAUAAAAUGAAUGGCAUUAUAACACUGUAAAAUGCAAAUGAUCACAUUUAGAGAUAAAAUAAAUUAGGGCCAAUCAACAAAUUUCGCUUAUUGUUUGGUUUAUUCACGCUACUACAUCAUAAAGUCAUCGACUGCGGUUGAACCAAGUGGAAUUCAUUUGCUUUUAUGUUGCAUUGAAAAUUUUAAAUGAA